AAAAGAAACCUAAAUAUUCAACUGAUAUAUCGGACUAAUUUUACGUGAGUGUGAUGUUAACACAUGCACAUGCAAGGUAAAGAUUUGCGUGCCUGACCUGAAAGUGUGUGUGUGUCCGUUGGGGGGUGUUGACUUUCACAUGACAUUGACGCUCUGGAAAUGUUGAGUAGCUGCUGAUCUCAGACAGUCGUUGCUCGGUGGAUUCAGCACCACUCGCCCGUGGACAGCUCCCGCAGGACCGCUUUACAUGGACAGAAGGCUCAUUUACGUGCCAACUCAUUCUGGAAGUUUACAACUUGGAGAGGAAUCUACGGAUACCUCACUGCAUGACACACGGGCAUAUUGCUUUUGGGAAAGAAGCCAAAUUCACUGUUAACUGAAACUGUGUCGGGUUUGAUCGGGUGUUUGCGUGGUAGAUCUCUGCUGCUGUCUAAAAUCAGAGACAUGGCGACAAACAACACCAAAAGCACCGACGGACAAGUUGUGACGGAACUCAACGAGAUCACAACUAACGACAAACCCAAAGCAGAGGACGCCAAACCAGAGAAAAAGAAUAAAGACAUUCCAGACAGAGAAACUUGGGGUGGGAAAUUUGAUUUUCUCCUGUCAUGUGUGGGCUACGCCAUCGGACUGGGCAACGUGUGGAGAUUUCCUUAUCUGUGCGGGAAAAACGGCGGAGGGGCUUUCUUGAUUCCUUAUUUUUUGACGCUUAUUUUUGCGGGAGUUCCUCUGUUUUUUCUUGAGUGUGCUCUUGGACAGUACACAUCCAUUGGCGGCCUUGGGGUUUGGAAACUAGCUCCGAUGUUCAAAGGUGUUGGUCUUGCGGCUGCUGUUCUCUCAUUCUGGCUGAACAUUUACUACAUUGUCAUCAUUUCCUGGGCCCUGUACUACUUAUACAACUCCUUUACCACUGAGCUUCCAUGGAAAUCUUGUAACAAUCCAUGGAACACAGACAGAUGUUACACAAACUACAGCAUAGUAGACACCACCAAUCUCACCAGCGCUGUCAUGGAGUUUUGGGAACGCAAUAUGCAUCAAAUGACUGAUGGCUUAGAAAAACCUGGUGAAAUUCGUGUGCCACUAGCAAUAACACUGGCCAUUGCCUGGGUCCUCGUGUACUUCUGUAUCUGGAAAGGUGUUAGCUGGACUGGAAAGGUUGUUUACUUCUCUGCCACCUACCCAUACUUCAUGUUGUUCAUUUUGUUUAUCCGUGGAGUGACCCUGCCUGGGGCUAAAGAUGGAAUCAUGUUCUAUGUCACUCCUGAUUUUGAGAAGCUGAAGCAGUCUGAGGUUUGGCUGGAUGCUGCAACACAGAUUUUCUUCUCCUAUGGUUUGGGACUAGGCUCUCUUAUUGCUCUGGGCAGCUACAACCCUUUCAAUAACAAUGUGUACAGGGAUUCUAUCAUCGUGUGCUGUAUAAAUGCCUUCACUAGUAUGUUUGCUGGAUUUGUGAUUUUCUCUAUUGUGGGCUUCAUGGCACAUGUGACAAAGAGAUCAAUAGCUGAUGUAGCUGCAUCAGGUCCUGGUUUGGCGUUUUUAGCUUAUCCAGAAGCUGUGACGCAGUUGCCCGUCUCACCACUGUGGGCUAUUCUCUUCUUCUCCAUGCUGCUGAUGCUGGGAAUCGACAGUCAGUUCUGCACAGUGGAGGGCUUCAUCACUGCUCUGGUGGAUGAAUUCCCACGGCUGCUCAGGAAAAGAAGAGAGAUUUUCAUUGCAUGUGUUUGCAUUGUAUCCUACGCCAUUGGGCUGUCCAAUAUCACGCAGGGUGGCCUCUAUGUGUUUAAACUCUUCGACUAUUACUCAGCCAGUGGAAUGUGUCUGCUUUUCCUGGUGUUCUUUGAGUGUAUCUCAAUCUCCUGGUGCUAUGGUGUGAACAAGUUUUAUGAUAACAUCCAGGAAAUGAUUGGAUACAAGCCUUGUCUAUGGUGGAAACUGUGCUGGGUUUUCUUCACUCCUCUAAUUGUCGCUGGCGUGUUCCUCUUCAGUGCGGUGCAAAUGGUUCCUCUUACAAUGAACAACUAUGUGUUCCCUAAAUGGGGGCAAGGAGUGGGCUGGCUCAUGGCUCUGUCCUCUAUGGUUCUCAUACCUGGUUAUAUGGGCUACAUGUUCCUCACCCUGAAGGGAACAUAUAAAGAGCGGAUCAGGAUAAUGCUGCAUCCUCCAGCAGUCAUGCGUGCUCAGGAGAACGGGCCAGACCAACAGCAGCUGCAGACACAGCCGCAGCAGAUGGAGCAAUCACUGCAACAAGAGCAGCAACCGGACCAAGCACCACAGCAACCACAAUCACCACAAGCACCGCAGCAACUGCAACAACCGCUGCAGCCGCAGCCGCAGACGCAGACGCAGACGCAGAUGCAGCCGCAGGCUGAUAGUUCCUCUUCGACUAACCCUGGCAAUGAUGCCAAUGUUUAAAACCAGUAGAAGUGAACCCCAGCAGAGAGCAAUCAAAGAUUAACAACACAGAAGACUUCCAUGUUUAUACAGUAAUAGAAUCAUCUACCUCCAGGGGUCAUACAUAAUCAAGCUAAAACAUGAAAAAAGCAAAAGUAAAAAAAAAAAAAAAAAAAAUAUAUAUAUAUAUAUAAAAAACACAAACACAAAAACACUUGUGUUUGAAAAGCGUACACAAAUAAAUUCUGUACGUUUUUCAAAUGUGAAGCAAAGCGUGUCAGUGUUAAAUGACUUGUACUAUGUAUUAUGUGAAUUUGUCUCUACUAAGGUUAUACUGUGAGUUAGAUUUAAGGACAGUGCAUUGUUUUGCAAUGCAUAAGCUAUUUAUGUGAGGUAUGUACUGUUUCUAUGUUGCACUGGGGACAAAGCGGGAGUGUUAAUGAGAAACUGGGAGAGAUUAUGUUACAUUCUGGGUUAUUUUUGGAUAACCAAGGUGUAUCAAGCAAGCCCUGUGUCUAAAGCACAAAGAAUUUCUAAUCGGCAGAGCCCUUGGGUGACCCGUCACGUGUUGUUGGAGAUUUUUGUUGAGAAAGACUGUUACUAUUUUAUUUUUUUUCUGAGAUAAAAAAGAAAGAAAUACUUGUAUGUGAUUAAAACAUUUUUAGAAUUAUUUUUAGAAUGCUUUGUACUUUAAUGUUGAGACCAAGGACCAAAAUAAUAGACUUAAGCAAAAACAAAUCUAUGCCUGCCAAUGUGUAGUUUGUAAAGCACAGGGAACAAAAAAACUAAAAAAAAAAAAAACAAUAACAAAAUGGAAACACCGCAAAAGAUAGGGUGAAAAUUUUUGUUGAUUAUUAUACAGAUUAUUGAUGAGUACUGUCAAUUCAGUGUCCUGUUUACAUGUCCCCUCAGGAAUAUCCAAAAAAAGAAA